AAACCCAACAAUUAUCUGAACUGGGUCAGGUCUCGGGUUCGGGUCAAUAAAUCUGAUCGGGUCUUUUUUCGGUUCCGACGAGUCAAUGGUAGGUCAAUGUCGGCGUAUAUGAUCCGAUAAACCGAGAUUCUAUGUGUAUGAUGUUGAACACAUAACAUCAUAUACUUCAUACAUGUGACCAUGCAAUACAUAUAGGUGAUGUAGUUGAGUGUCCUUUAUCAUAGUUGGCAUGUGUGGCCAUGCAUUCCGCCAUACUUCAGGUAGCUCACAAAAUAUCCAAAAAAGAAUCUUGAAUUAGUUAGUCCCCUUUGUCAAUUUCUUCCAAUUCCAAGGUCUCCGGUGUGCCGCCGAUUCCGUUUCUCUUUCCCCUGUUUUUGCUCUCCGACGUCCUCCUUACCUUUUUUUCCUCGUUUAAUUACGUGCCGCCAAAUGUCUCUCGCGUCGGACUCCACCGUGCCAACUGUUUCCACGGUCACCGUAUCUUACUCGGAGCUCAAGCAGAGCGACAUAGAUUUGUCUGAGAGGAUUGAACAAGGAUUUGGACCUAAUGGACUUGGAAUCCUCUCGGUUAAAGAUGUACCAGGGUAUUCAGCUUUACGAAAGAAUCUACUUCAGCUUGCACCUAGGUUAGCUGGUCUUCCUGAAGAGGUGAAGAGAGAGCUUGAAGAUGCUCAUAGUAGGUACAAUUUUGGUUGGAGUCAUGGCAAAGAGAAACUUGAAUCUGGGAAGCUUGACGUGUUGAAGGGUUCCUACUAUGCUAACCCUCUACAAGAUGUACCAACAAGUAAUCCAUAUGAAAUAAAGCGGUAUCCAUCAUAUUGUGGAUCAAACAUAUGGCCAAGGAAUUCUUUACCGGAGCUCGAAGGAGCUUUCAAAGCUCUUGGUAGUCUGAUGUUCAAAGUUGGGCUUAUGGUAGCUUACCACUGUGAUCAAUAUGUGUCAAAGGGCGUAAAACAACAUGAAGAGCAAAAUCUUGAAAAGAUACUACUUGACUCUCGAUGUCACAAAGGACGUCUACUUUAUUAUUUUCCUGCACAAGAUAGCACGAUGCAUGACAACGAUUCCAUCUCAUCUUGGUGUGGAUGGCAUACGGACCAUGGUUCACUCACAGGUCUUACUCGUGCAAUAUUUUCUAGAGAUUCAGUGGAAGUACCUUGUCCAGAUCCUGAUUCUGGCUUAUACAUACAAACACGGUCUGGUCAGAUCGUAAAGGUUGUGUAUGGGGAAGAUGAAAUAGCAUACCAAAUAGGCGAGACAACAGCAAUUCUGUCAAGGGGUUAUCUUUGUGCUACACCUCAUUGCGUACGGGCGCCACAAGGAGAGGAGGCUCGUGGUCUAGAGCGAUCGACAUUUGCAUUGUUCAUGCAACCUGACUGGGAUCAGAAGCUAACAUUCCCAAAGGAAGUUACAAUCGAUGAAGAGUUAUCUCUCUCUGACAGCGUCUUGACGUUUGGAGAAUAUACAGAGAAACUGCUUAACAAAUACUACGAUACAAAACCAUAAGACCCUCCCCUUUUAAUUCACUCUGUAAAUGACGAUUCCAUUGGUGUAAGAUAUAAGAUACAAUCUCACCAACUUAGUACGUUAUUUGAUUUUUAAUAUAUGGUUUUAGUUUGAAGUUUGAA